AUGGGGAAGUCUCCACGUGGUGCUGUCUGUGGUUUGGGUGAGGAGCUGUUGGGGCCCAUCUGUUCAGCUGGGGGCUGUGACUUGUGCCUCAGGGGUGGAAAAGGAGAGCCACGUCCUUGGAAACCCACAGAGCUGUUGGUGUCUUCCCCCUGCAGGCACAUCUCCUUCAAGAGGCACCUGCCCCGGCAGAUGCACGUGUCCAGCAUGGAUUACGGCCUGGAUUCGCCGGCCGUGGCCGAGCAGCCCACCAGCAUCGGCCGCAUCAAGCCCGAGCUCUACAAACAGAAGACUCUGGACACCGAGGACACCAAGAAAGAGGCGGAGAAAACCUGUGGGAAAAUCAACUUCACUCUCAAGUACGACUACGAGAACGAGACGCUGACUGUCCGAAUCCUCAGGGCUUUUGACUUGCCAGCCAAAGACUUCUGCGGCAGCUCGGAUCCCUACGUGAAGAUCUACCUCCUGCCCGACCGCAAGCGCAAGUUCCAGACGCGGGUGCACAGGAAGACUCUGAACCCCACCUUCGACGAGUCCUUCCACUUCCCCGUGCCCCACGAGGAGCUGGCGAGCAGGAAGCUCCACCUGAGCGUCUUUGACUUUGACAGGUUCUCCAGGCACGACAUGAUAGGAGAAGUUAUCUUGGAGAACCUGUUCGAGGACUCAGACCUCUCCCGGGAGACUUCCAUCUGGAGGGACAUUCAGUACGCCACGACGGAAAGCGUGGACCUGGGCGAGAUCAUGUUUUCCCUUUGUUAUUUGCCAACUGCAGGUCGCCUCACCUUAACAGUCAUUAAAUGCAGGAAUCUCAAAGCUAUGGACAUCACAGGUUACUCAGAUCCGUAUGUCAAAGUGUCUUUGCUCUGUGACGGGCGAAGACUGAAAAAGAAGAAAACCACCAUAAAGAAAAACACACUUAAUCCCACCUACAAUGAAGCAAUAAUCUUUGACAUUCCCCCCGAGAACAUGGAUCAAGUCAGCCUCCUUAUCUCCGUCAUGGAUUAUGAUCGGGUGGGCCACAAUGAGAUCAUCGGGGUUUGCCGCGUGGGGGUCAACGCCGAGGGGCUGGGCAGAGACCACUGGAACGAGAUGCUGGCCUACCCCCGGAAGCCCAUCGCCCACUGGCACCCGCUGGUGGAGGUGAAGAAAUCCUUCAAAGAGUGGCACGGCCGGGCAGCGAGCUUCGACAGCCAGGGCUCCUGUCCCUCCCCCAAACCACCCCCCACGCCGUGAUCCGGGGCAGGGAACGGCAAAAUGGGACUAAACCAAGUAAUUUUUGCACUUGGCCUUCAGUCUCAGUGGUUGCUGAGGGGCGGUGGCAGCAGCGGGACUUUCCGGUCUAGUUGUUCCUGCGUAAGUAAAGGUAGAAACCCGUUUCGUGGUCAAAUAUGUUUUUGUCUAAUAUGUCUCCCAAGGUGAUGUUAUUUUCGUGGCUUUUGCUGUACGGAUCUGUUUCCAGAGGGAGAAGGCGGACUGAGAUGCGUGCCGGGAGUUUGGUCUGUAAAAUAAUGUGUAAAAUAAUUUUUAGUGUGCGCAAAGGCAGGAAAGGGGCGAGGAGGUGUCUGCAGAGAGCAGAGGUGGCCGGGACAGUGGCCACUGGAAAGCCGUGGCAGAAGAUGGGAGAGACUCUUCCAAGCCACCGGCAGCUCCUUCCUCGUGGUCAGCCCCAGCCCUGCAGAGUGUCCCCGGGUUUCCUGUUCAUGUAGAGGUGUCCAUGAGCUCUUAGAAGUUUGUGAAGUGUGUACCCCACAAUUCCUUUUGUCAUAUAUUUUAAAAAAAGUGCUGUUGAUUCCUCAGGAGGGGAACCCUGGGUUUUUUUCCCCUGUAUCUGAAGUCUCCCCAGAGCUAUUUGCAUGAACAGUUUUUCUUCAGCCCCCUUUGUAGCUGCUGCUCAUCCCCCAGGACAUCCCUGCGUUAUCUGGAGUGGAGGGAACAGCGUUGCCACAGGUGGGAUUCACAAAAAAAAGGGGAAGAUGUUACAGAAAAGGGUGACAGCCCUGCAUGACCACUGAAUCUCAAAUUCUUGUCUCAUCCAAGUAAUAAAGGGUGACCCAAGGGGGAAAGGGAAAUACAGAAACAUGACCGAUGCUAAAAAAAGCUUCCAAUCUUUUUUUCUUAAGACUGUCAGCACUUCCUUAAAGAAUAAAGUUUCUCAGCCCAAGCCCUGAAAGGAAGGUCAAGUUAUGGAAAAAUAAAAAACGAAGCUCUGCUGGUUCCUUGGCUGCAGAGGCCCAGAAUGAAGUUAGAAUAUCCCAAGUACUGGCUUUACAGCUAAAUCAGCUGAUCUUUAUCAGCCAGCUGUGGAUUUUGGACACUUUCUCAUCCUGGAUUUUUCUCUGAGUUAGUGCUGUUUAUUCCACCCUAAUUAAAUUAGGCGAAAGCAAAUAUUUUGGUUUCGAGGCAGAAUUUCUGAGCGAGGCAGCCGGCUCUCCUCCCCUCAGGUCAGCAGGACUGUGCUCAUCAGCCGCAAUCCUCAGGUCAGCUCCAGCUCCCGUUCUCCCGGAUGUCACCGUGUCACCCCUGCACAGCACGGCUGGCAGAGGGGUGUUCGCAUUGCUCCUGGGUGAGAUGAAUCCUCUGUCCAGUGAAGGGUAAAUACAUCGUUCCCCAUCACACCUUGUGUCUUAAUUCUCUUUAUGUGCCACAUGCUAUAGGAGCAGAAACUCAAUAAAAUGGUUUUAUUUG